AUGAGCAAUACUAAAAAUAACUUUUCCAUGUUGAUUCUGGAGGGGUUUGUGGUCAACUCUGAAGUGCGAAUCAUUCUCUUUUUCUCAGUCUUGGCUGCAUAUUUAUUUAUUGUUUUUGGAAAUGUUACCCUGUUUUUGGUGAUUACAUUUAAUAGAAACUUGCAUGCUCCCAUGUAUGUGAUGCUAUGUAACAUGGCAAUCUGUGAUUUAAUGGGAAGUUCUGCAGUGCUUCCAAGAAUGAUCUCUGAUUUUCUGACGGAAAUCAAAAUGAUCUCCUACGAAGCCUGCUUCAUUCAAGCUUUCUGUAUCCACUUCUACAGUGCAGCGGGUCACCUCAUAUUGACAGCAAUGGCGUUUGACAGGUAUGUGGCCAUUUGUGAUCCUUUAAGAUACAACACCAUCAUGACCAACAGAACCUUAGUCAAACUCUGUUCUAUGGCCUGGGGGAUUAGUUUUAUUUUAAUUUUGAUUCUAAUUGCACUUACACUAAGGCUUCCAAGGUGCAGGUCUCAGAUAAUGAAUCCUUAUUGCUCAAAUGGAAACUUGUUUGUAUUGUCUUGUACUGACACAACUGCAACUACAGUAUUUGCUGUAUUUGUCUAUAAUUUUUUAACAGGAGUGUCUGUUUGUGCAAUUUUCUGGACUUACACUAAAAUAUUAAUUACUUGUUUAUUGAAAACUUACAGCAACAGUAAAAACAAAGCUAUUCACACCUGCUCUACCCAUUUGGCAGUUUAUAUUGUAUUUGAAUCAUCACCUUUGUUUUCAAUUAUUGCUUUACAAUUUCCAAAUAUCACUCCCAAUAUUAUAAAAGCAAUGGGAGUGCUAACAAUAAUCAUUCCACCUUCUCUUAACCCUAUCAUUUAUGGAAUUAGUACAAAAGAAAUACGAGACAACAUUCUGAAAUAUUUUAAAAAGAAGGUGGUGACUAGCAGAACAAACUGGUAA